UGUCAUUUCCUUCUGUAUACUCUGUCAGUGCGAGAAAAUCAGCAUCAUGCCUCUACGAAACAGGCCCUAUGUCCCCAAGAUCAAAGGAUGCUACGAGUGCUCCCAGCGCCGCAUCCACUGCGAUAGAAAAGAACCUGCCUGUGAAAAGUGUACUGCCAAGGGUAUCAGCUGUAGCGGUCUAGGAAUGCGGUUUAGGUUCCGUGAUGCAAGCAAAAGACGAGGACCCCGAAAACAUACCCUACCACCGUCAAGUUGUAGUAAGGGCAGAACCGGAUCAGACUGUCUCUUUGAGACAACAGAGGAUAUCCUCAAUAUCCUGUUUCCCAACGAGUGCACAAACCCCCCAUCGUCUCCUGACGAGCUCCCGGCCCUGUUCUUGCCAUCGCCCCAGACCUCAGACAGCGAUCGAUCACCAGAACCCGCCGUCUCCCCCUUCGCCUCGAUCUCCAUUGUCAAGCCCCCGUUAGCCGGACUUGAAGCAUGGAAGUCGUACCUCCUCACAUAUUUCUCCGAACAGAUCGCCCCGCAGAUGGUGGUCAUCGACGACCAGCACAACGGCUGGCGCGGGACCAUCCUCCCCAUCGCCCACACCGACGAGCUGGUCCUCAACUCCGUCCUGGCCGUCGCCUCCCACCACCUCCUGGGCACGGUCGGCAGCAGUCCCGGCUGUGCCGACCCCCGCAGGCUCUACACGCAAGUCAUCCGGGGGCUGCAGCGCCGCAGCGACCUGGGCGCCUGCGACAUGGCGACCAGGAAAUCCGUCAUCCUGACCAUCCUCAUCCUCCUGCUGGCCGUGAUGGUCACGGGCGGCUCGGACUUUCCGAUCUUGUUCCGGAUGCUGCAAUCGGCGAUCGACGCGGUAGGCGGCGAUGGGGGGCUUGACGGGGGCGAGGUGUCUGCUUUUCUCCUGCGGGAGAUCCGCAAAAUGCGCGUCAAUGCAAGCCCGCUGAUCAGCCUCGACUCCGGCAUCUGCGCGAUCCUGUCGCACGGGGCGCAGAGCUUCGACUGCCUCCGCUACUACCGCACCUUGCACCCGCGCCACGCGCUGGCCCUGGACCGCAUCGCCGAGGUCCGGCAGCAGGCGUACGAUAUCUACCUCCAGCGGGCGCUGGCCCGGACGGCGAGUCCGCCGCGCGCGCUCUCGCACCUGGUCGACCAGUUCAAGCAACUGCUGGUGCUGUAUCCCGAAGUGUCGCAGAUGGACCACGUGCUGGUGUGGUCGGCGUUCAUCAUCGGGUUGGAGUGUCGGCGUCCGGAGGACCAGCACUUCUUCCGGGGGUUUCUGGAGCGCCAGUUCCGGCGCAAUGGGUUUGCGAACAUCAUUCGAGCGAUGGAGCUGCUGCAGCAGGUGUGGGAGGGGGGUGCGGAGAGGAACUGGGCGGCGGAACUGCCUCAAUUGCAGGUCUUUGUUACGUAG